AUGAGCGACUCUUUGAAAGAUGCGCCUUUUCAAACCGUUCAGGUCGAGGCUUUGGUAAUCAUGAAGAUUGCGAAGCACUGCUCCUCGACCUUUCCCACUGUUGCAACUGGAUCUAUUGUUGGCAUGGAUCAGAAUGGUGUCCUCGAGGUCACCAACACCUUUCAGUUCCCUACUGUCGAAGGAGCAGUUACCGACGGCCACCAAAAUGAUACCUCCCAGAUUGCCGCCGCCGCUCCCCGGCAGAAAUCCAACGUUGCCUACCAAAACGAAAUGAUACGACACUUGAAAGAGGUGAACGUUGACGCCAACAACGUGGGAUGGUAUACCAGCGCCACCAUGGGCAACUUCGUCAACAUGGGCUUCAUCGAGAACCAGUACCACUACCAGAAGGACAACGACCGAACUGUUGCUCUCGUCUACGAUACUAGCAAGAGCUCUCAGGGGAACCUGACUUUGCGGGCGUUCCGCCUCACUAGCACAUUUAUGUCUGCAUACAAGGAGGGCAAGUUCACAACCGAUAGCCUUCAAAGGUCGAGGCUUACUUUCCGCGAUAUCUUGGCUGAACUGCCCAUCAACGUGCAUAACUCUCACCUUCUCACGUCAUUCUUGCACCAGAUCCCCGCUCCUCCCGCCGAACAAGAGGUUGAUCAGCCAAACUCGAUUUCAGACAUCAAGAGAGAUGCCGUCAGGCCUCCCCUGUAUCCCUCUAUUGACAGCCUUGAUCUCUCCAUCGAUCCGUUCCUCGAAAAGACGUGUGACCUGCUCCUCGAAAGCAUCGAGUCACACUACACGGACCUCAAUAACUUCCAGUUUUACCAGCGUCAAGUCAGUCGUGAGCAGGCCAAAAUCUCACAGUGGCAGGCGAAGCGAAAGGCCGAGAAUGCGCAACGAGCUGUGGCCAAACAGCCUCCCCUACCUGAGGAUGAGUGGCAACGACUGUUCAAGAUGCCUCAGGAGCCUAGCCGACUUGAGGGUAUGCUGAACGCCAAGCAGGUUGAGCAGUACGGCAAGCAAGUCGACGGCUUCACCUCUAACGUGACGACCAAAAUGUUUGCCGUACGGGAAAACUUGAUGCCUCAGUGA